AAUAUCUCUCCUGGUAUCUCCCAACUUUCAUAAGGUCUAAAAGCGAAAAGAAACGGUAAAGUGGUAACGAAGCAAUGGUGUAGCCUUAAACCGGUUGCCGGAUUAAGUUCGACUGGCUUUGAUGACACACAGUGCUCAUGUGCUGUGGGAGAAUCGAAGCACAAUACCAUGAUUUUGGCUUUUGUGUGCAAAUAUAUACCGGUUGCUAUGCGGAUUUGGGCCCCUAAAAGGUUUCGAAGGGAGAAUUCUUCAAAGAUGAAAACAAACUGCGUAAAGACGGUCGUCGCAUUAUAUCCGUUUCAAGCCAUUGAAGAAGGAGAUCUCACGCUAACGAAGGGUGAAGAAUAUGAAGUGGUUGAUGACUCUCGCGAACAUUGGUGGCAAGUCAAAAAUAAGUUUGGAGAAAUUGGUUACAUACCCAGCAAUUACGUUGAAGAAAAAUCUCCUGGGGGUCUGAGACAACACAACUGGUAUGUGGGAGACAUGUCGCGGCAAAGGUGUGAAGUUCUCCUGAAACGAGAAAACAAAGAAGGAAGUUUCGUGGUCAGAAACUCAUCUUCCAAAGGAAUGUUCACGCUUUCUCUUUUCACCCGAGUUUCUCAGCCGCAUGUAAAGCAUUAUCAUAUCAAAACCAACGCCAAAGGAGAAUUUUACCUGUCCGAAAAGCAUGCGUUCCCCUCAGUUGAAGAUCUCAUUUAUUAUCACAAACAUAACAGUGCCGGACUGGCUACCCGCCUUAAACAGACGCCUAACUGUCAAAUCACUUGUAUUCCUACUACAGCUGGUCUUAGUCAUGACAAGUGGGAAAUCGACGCCUCAGAACUUACUUUAUUGGAAGAACUCGGAAGUGGACAAUUUGGAGUAGUUCGGAAAGGCAAAUGGCGGGGGCAUAUAGACGUAGCUGUCAAAAUGAUGAAAGAAGGAACUAUGUCUGAAGAUGAUUUUAUCGAUGAGGCGAAAGUUAUGACAAAAUUACAGCAUUCCCAUUUAGUUCAAUUAUAUGGAGUUUGCACCAAACAUAGGCUGAUAUGUAUCGUCACAGAAUAUAUGAAACAUGGUUCCUUGCUCAAGUACUUAAGGAAGAAUGAAACAAGACUAUCCACCAAGACCUCUGUCUUGCUAGAUAUGUGCAUUCAAGUAUGUAGCGGUAUGGCAUAUCUUGAGCAACAAAAUUACAUCCACAGGGACUUAGCAGCCAGAAAUUGUUUGGUGGGCGAAGGCAGUGUAGUGAAAGUUGCCGAUUUCGGCCUCGCGAGAUAUGUGAUUGAUGAUGAAUAUACUAGUUCAGGAGGUGCUAAGUUUCCUAUAAAAUGGGCACCUCCUGAAGUUUUAGGCUACACGAGAUUUAGCAGUAAAUCAGACGUCUGGGCAUAUGGUGUGCUAAUGUGGGAAAUAUUCACAUGUGGCAAGGUUCCUUAUGGAAGAGCAACAAAUGCAGAAGUGGUAGAGCAAGUUCAAAGAGGACAAAGACUAGAUGUCCCUAGAGCAUGUCCUUGGGAAGUUUACGUUGUUAUGAAAUCAUGCUGGGAAGAGCUGCCGGAAAACAGACCGCCCUUCCGAGCUCUAAAGUAUGAAUUAGAAAAGAUUUUAGAAGAAUGGGACAUAAGUUGAAGGAAAAAUUACGAAGAGGUGGCCAUCAGUUGACUUUACAUCUUGUUUCUGCAACUAAAUUAGGUUUCAUGUGCUUCUUAAUGAAUUUCGAUAUAUGUGUGUUAGUGUUUCAAUGUUUGUGCAAUAUUAGAAGAAGAUGCUAUGACACAUUUGUUUGAAAAUAAUUCAUUAUUUCUCGGAAAUGAAUCAAAAUUUCUUGAAUUUCCUUUAUUGUGAAUAGAAAUCUUAUAAAUAAAAUAAAUUUUUGUAAAA